AUGGCAGCUCCCGCCCGCGGCGUGGCCAAGAUCCUGGCCAAGUCGCCGGCCGACGUGGUGCUGCUGGCGGCGGUGCGGACGCCCAUCACGCGCGCCUACAGGGGACAGCUCAAGGACGCGUACCCCGAGGAGCUGCUCGCCUGCGUGCUCCGGCACGUGCGGGAGCGCGCGGCGCCGGGCGUCGACCUCGGCCCGCACAUCGACGACGUGGGCGUGGGCGUGGUGCUCUCGGAGCUGGGCGGCUCCAAGGCGGCGCGCAUGGCCAUGAACCACGUCGGCUACCCUUCGUCGACGGCGCUGUACACCAUCAACCGGGCGUGCGCGUCGUCGCUGGCCGCCGUGGCCGCCGUGGCCGCGCAGAUCCGCACGGGCGCCGUGUCGGUCGGCGUGGCCGCCGGCAUGGAGAGCAUGACGCGCAACUACGGGGGCCGCGCGGUCCCGGGGGACGCGUGGCCCGCGGCGGCGGCCUCGCCGGUCCGCGACGCCAGGGACUGCCUGAUGCCCAUGGGGCUGACGAGCGAGAACGUCGCCGAGCGGUACGGCGUGUCGCGCGAGCACCAGGACGCGUUUGCGGCCGAGUCGCACGUCCGCGCGGCGGCCGCCCGCGGGGGGGGCCUGUUCGACGGCGAGAUCGUCCCCGUCGCCACGCGCUUCCGGGAGCCGGACGGGCCGGGCGCCGAGAGGGCCGUCACGGUGGCGCGCGACGACGGCAUCCGCGACCCCAUCUCCCUCGAGGCCCUGGCCCGGCUGGAGCCCGCCUUCAAGCCGGGCGGCAGGUCGACGGCCGGCAACUCGAGCCAGGUGUCUGACGGGGCGGCGGCGGCGCUGCUCACGAGCAGGGCCACGGCCGAGCGGCUCGGCCUGUCGCGUCUCGUCAUGGCCAAGUUUGUGUCUGCCGUCGCCGUGGGGUGCGCCCCCGACGAGAUGGGCGUCGGGCCGGCCCUCGCCAUCCCCAAGCUGCUGGCGGCGCAUGGCCUCGCCGUCGGCGACGUGGACAGGUGGGAGAUCAACGAGGCCUUUGCGAGCCAGGCGCUCCACUGCCUGAGGGAGCUGCGGCUCGAGGACGCCUGGGCUGCCGGCCGCGUGAAUCCCACCGGCGGCGCCAUCGCCUUGGGACAUCCCCUGGGCGCGACGGGCGCCAGGAUGACGAGCACCCUGGUCCACGGCAUGAGGAGGGACGGCCAUGAUUUGGGCGUCGUGAGCAUGUGCAUCGGGACGGGCAUGGGCAUGGCUGCUCUGUUUGCCAGGGAGGCCUGA